GCAGCUAGGUCCCGGUCGUCAUCCAGCCUUGGAGCUUCUAUUCUACCUACCUAAUACACAUCAAACUCCAGCGGACAAAAUACGCCUCCACCAAUACCUCCGCCCACAUCAUCUCAAACAAUUACCUUAUCGGCCGCACAUUUACUUUCUACGAUAUCAGCGUGCGAUACUUGCGCCGAAGAUUUUGAUUGCGGAUCGCUUUAAAUUCCCCAUCCUCAUUCUCAACUAAGCACUUUUCCCCCACGAGAAGGAUCACUACCACAUCGUAUCAGCUAGCAUGCCUGGCUUCGACUUCUCAAACUACAACCGCAAUGCGGCCCUGCACGCACGAGGCGUUCCUUUACCGAAGGCGACAAGUACAGGCACCACCAUCGUCGGAUGUAUAUUCGACGGAGGUGUUGUGAUCGCCGCCGAUACUCGAGCUACUAGUGGUCCCAUCGUCGCUGACAAGAACUGCGAGAAAUUGCAUUAUAUCUCACCCCAAAUCUGGUGUGCCGGUGCCGGUACUGCUGCCGAUACUGAGUUUACCACCGCACUCAUCUCUUCUCAGCUCGAGCUACAUUCCCUCUCAACCGGUCGAAAGCCCCGCGUCGUCACUUGUAUGACCCUCCUCAAGCAGCAUCUCUUUCGACACCAGGGCUAUAUCGGAGCGUAUCUGGUGGUUGCCGGCGUGGACCCCACGGGAACGCACCUUUUUACUGUGCACGCCCACGGUAGCACCGACAAGCUCCCUUAUGUGACUAUGGGCUCAGGAUCCCUAGCGGCAAUGUCCGUCUUCGAAUCACAAUGGAAGCCAAACUGCACGAAGGAGGAUGCCAUGGAGCUCUGCUCUCAAGCUAUUCAAGCGGGUAUCUUCAAUGAUCUGGGAUCAGGGUCUAACGUCGAUUUAGCCGUCAUUACAGCCAACAAGACGACCUUGCACCGCGGCUUCAUCAAGCCGAAUGAACGAAGUCAGAAGCUGAAGAAUUACAAAUUCAAGCGCGGCACCACGGCGGUGCUCAACGAGAAAAUCAUCACCAAGGAUGAAAUCGGAAAGUACAUCAGUGUACAAGAGUUAGAGUCGGCUGAGGAUGAAAGGAUGGACGUCGAUUCGUGAAGGAUACCAUUUUCAAGGGGAAUACGACCGAAUGCUAGCCUUCUGUAGCGAUAUGAUGUGAUAAUAGAAAGGCAGUAUCCCUUGCAGAAUAGGAUGGGUAAUUAAAAAAAAAAUUCCGUGAUCAUGCAAGCUCUGCUAAUCUAGCUCUGCCAGCUGAUUCUGUCAGUAACAAAUAGCGAAUCUGGUACAUGGAAUUGUUAUCACAUUCGCCGAGCCAUCACAUAACCUACUAAGUAGGUAGGCAUUUCAGUCGCCUAGCCGAGGUUGAGCAUUAUAGAUUCCA